GCAGCUUAUCUCCUCUUCCUUUGUGUUUAAACCGUUUUCAGGCGACUCUCUGCAACCUGGAGACACCGGGAGAAACACGCUCCUGCUGUCAUGAGUUCACUAAUGUCGGCGGGAUCGGAACCGGACUUCUCCACCUGUAAUGAUGAGGUGUUUGGGAACAGGUUUCCCGUCCACCGAGCCUGCCGGGAUGGAGAUGUUGGAGUUCUGGUGUCACUCUUACAGCAGCUCUCGAACCAGGUUCAUCUGACUGCUGAGGACUCCAGCUACGGAUGGACCCCUUUGCACUGGGCUGCUCACUAUGGACAGUUGGAGUGUGUGGUACGCCUGGUGCAGAUGGGCUGUGAUGUGAACACGGUGACCAGCCGCUUCAACCAGACUCCGACACACACGGCGGCGUUUGGAGGACACCCUCAGUGCGUCGUGUGGCUCACUCAGGCUGGAGCUGACGUCAACAGGCAGGAUUUUGUCGGUGAGGCUCCAGUCCACAAGGCGGCUCGUUCCGGCAGCUUGGAGUGUAUCCAGGUCCUGUUGAUAGCAGGUGCUAAACCACAUUUAAAGAACGCCAGUGGUCAGACGGCGGCAGACCUCGCUCUCGCUCAAGGCUUCCAGGAAGGCUUCCUCCUCCUCUCCAAAACCCAGAAGCACCUGCAGCAGCUCGGCGGAGUCCACUUGAACGGCGAGCAGAACGGAAACGGCGCCCACUUUGGUCAGGAGCUGCUGAGCAGGAAGAGACUGCUGAAUGCUGCAGAGAGUGGACACAUGAAGAGAGCGAGGAGAUCUGACAACGUGUUGCUGCAGAACGGAGGAGGAGACGAGCUGGAGAGCAUGAACACAGAGUCUGCAGAGGAGAUGAACUCAGGUCAGGACCAAGAGGAGGACACCAAAGCCUUCACAAAUGGCCAUCACCACACGCUGCCUUAUGACCAGGACGCCUCCAAUCCAGCAGUAACUCCCUCCCACGCAACCCCUCCGCCAGCCAAUCAGCACGCAGCACCGCCGUCUCAGCGCUCUUUUUCAGACAUGUGUGGCUCCCUCCAUCUCACCGGCAGCCCGAGCAGCUGUGUGUCCCACCGCCAGGCGUGGUGGGGGCCCCUGGGGGGAUCGGAGGACCUGCAUUACGGACACUACCACGGCUUCGGGGACACGGCGGAGGAGCUAAGCAGCAGCCGGCUCGACCACAACAGCAGCCUGCAGGCGGAGCAGAGGUACAAGCAGGCGGUGACCAGCAGCAUCCAGCUCUACCACGGGUCGUAAACACAGAGUCAGGGAUUUAUCUUUGAUUUGGUUAACGUGCUGCCAAGCCCAGAGUCACUACCGCAUCAAUCCAGAAAUCAUCCAUACGCCUGAUCAGGGUCGCCACCAUUCCAGAUUUUUAAACUUUAAUACGGUUAUAGUAAAAAUCAAACAAUAUUUAAAACCUGUUUUGAUACUUUGUCAACAACAAACGUCCUAGACGCCCAAUAAUGGGUAUUUUUAAAGAAGACUUGAAACUACGGAUUGGGACCAAAAACGUGUUAGGAAAAUGUUUACUGAGGGAAUAAAUCUACUGACAAGCAGGGACGUAACGUCUUUGCAAAAGGGAAUGUCGCCCUCUGGUGGCCGUUUUAAGGAGAACAGGUUUAAGUGCAGCUACUUCCCUUUUAAAAACACAAUCCUUCCAUUUUUAGAUUUGUCCCUAAUCCUUUGCCUUAGAGGAUGCAGUAUUCUGUAUUUAGACGGAAGAAAAGGUCACAUAUGAGACUCUUAUUCUUUGGUCUGCUGGCUGGCUGGCAAUAUAAAAAGCUGAGUGUGUGUAUAUUAGUGUUGUAGUCAAGACCACACCAACCGAGACCAAGACAUACCCGAGACCAGAGUGCUCCGAGACCGAGCCAAGACCAAGACCAAAGCAGGGAAAGACCGAGCCAAGACCAAGACCAUAAACAUCAAUGAAUGGGUUGCGUUCUUAACCGGGGGAUGCUUUCGAUUCUGAGACGAGACCUUCAAAAAGUGGUCUCGAGACCAAGACCGAUUCCGAGUACUACAACACUAGUUUACAGUAUAUAGUGUGUGUGUGUGUGUGUGUGUGUGUGUGUGUGUGUGUAGGUGUGUGUGUUCUCCGUCCUUCAUAAAAGAGGAAAAACUUCACUCGCAUUAAAAGAACCUCUUCAGCCUCGAUCUACCAAAGGGAACAUGUCAUUGAGUCUGUUUUUACAUCCUUUGUUAUUUAUGUUUUUUAGAGCAGAUGAUUUGUCUUUCCUCGGCACUCCGCUCUUAUUCGAUAACGUUGGGGUAUUUUUAGGAUGAUUGUAAUAAAAGAAGCGUGUGCAGCAGACGUGCUCUCUCCCUCUCUCUUUGUAAACAUCUGUGUGCGAGUCGGGGACCGUGUGCCAAACACAGCGAGCAUGCUGCUGCUUCUGACGACUGUUUUUAUACCUGUUCUCAUGUUUGCAUCUUUUUCUAUUAAAACUUGUUUUGCAGUUUCAUAAA